UGCAUUCGUUCCGCAAGUCAACUUCACAAAUUUUAAGUCAUACGUGAAUAUUCAAAGCAACCAAUAUAAGCAGAACAACUGUAUUAUUGCUUCUAGAGCGCUCAUGAAUUUCCUAAGUAGAACAAGGACUCGUUGGAUAGUUUUGUAAAACCAUGAGUGUGCCUUUGAAGGCAAACAUUUCUCGGGGAAACCCUGACAAAGUCUUUGAUUUGAUAGAGAAAAUAGGAGGAGGGACGUAUGGCGAUGUAUUCAAGGCUCGUGUAAUCGCUACUGGUGAGUUAGCUGCUGUCAAGGUUGUUAAAGUUGAACCAGGAGAUGACUUUGAGCUUAUCCAACAAGAAAUUGCUAUGAUGCAACAAUGUCAUCAUUCAAAUAUUAUUAACUACAUUGGGAGCUACAUGAGGAGAGAAAAAUUAUGGAUUGGAAUGGAAUUUUGUGGUGGUGGAUCAUUACAAGAUAUUUAUUGUGUUGCUGGACCAUGCUCUGAACCUCAGAUAGCUUUUGUCACAACUGAAACACUUAAGGGACUGGCCUACCUGCAUGAAAAGAAUCUGAUGCAUAGAGACAUCAAGGGAGCAAAUAUCCUGCUGGCAACAAAUGGUGAUGUUAAGCUUGCUGAUUUUGGCAUAUCAGCUCGAAUAACAGACACAAUGAAAAAGAGAAAGUCAUUUAUUGGGACUCCAUACUGGAUGGCUCCAGAAAUGGCUGCUGUUGAAAGGACAGGUGGUUAUGACCUUAAGUGUGAUAUUUGGGCGGUCGGCAUUACUGUAAUAGAGUUAGCAGAAUUACAGCCCCCAAUGUUUGAUCUUCACCCAAUGAGGGCACUGUAUGUUAUAGGAAAAAAGAAUUUUAUACCUCCCACAUUAAAAGAAAAAGAUAAAUGGUCAGCUGAAAUGCAUCAUUUUAUUAAAGUGGCAUUGGUCAAAAAUCCUAAGAAAAGACCAGGAGCUGAUAAAAUGCUUACACACCCAUUCUGCUGCCGCCAUCUCACAAAGGCUGUUACACAAGAUCUAAUUGACAAGUUUAAGACACAGCAGGACGAAAGGAGCUUUCCAUUGGAUGGUUCUGAUGAUGAAGAAGAAACUAUUGAUGAACAUGUCAAAGUCAUGACAAGAAUACGAUCAACUAAGCCGCAUGAAAAGUCAUCUAAAAACAUGUCAGGUGGAAUAUUGGAUGGUGUGGAAGUAGACCCUAUAGCAAAGAGAGCUACCAAACAGCAUUUUCAGGGGGUUGAUUCCAGUAUAGAAGAUGAUGAUACUAUGCAAGCUACAGGGACAUUUAAAGCCAAACAACCUGAAGAAGAAGAUGAUGAACCACCUCCAUUACCACCAAAGGAAACUAAAGAUCAUUAUAAAGUUCCCAGACUACAAAGCUUGAAACCUGCACCUCCACCCAAACCAGAUCACCUGAAGCUGACAAAAAGCACAAGUAAUGGUGGAGGUGCUCCAAGGCAUCCACCGCCCACCGCACCUCCCCCGAAACCCCCUAUAUCUAAACCUUCUUAUGUUUCAAUAAAUGGAGUUCCACCUCCUCUUCCAAGACCCAAAAAUGUAGUCACAACUUGCUUUUCAAAGAUUUUCAAUGAAUGUCCUCUCCACAUUCAUUGUACUGCAACAUGGGUUAAUUMUAAAACUAAAAGUAAAUACAUCCUUAUAGGAGCAAAUGAAGGCAUUUAUUCCUUGAACAUUUCUGAACAAGCACCUGAUAUAGAGAUGGAACAGAUUAGCUCCAAAAAGUGUACAUGGUUGGCAGUCAUAGAAGAUAUGAUGGUGUCAAUAACAGGUGUUCCUCCGUGUGUUUCCAUGCACAAUCUACUUUCCCUUCAUGACAAACAACAGCAAACAUUUUUUAAUACUGUAACGAGAGGCGUUGUUUAUUCACAAAGGAUUGCAGAGACCAGAGGAUGCACAAAAUGUUGUAUUGUUAAUAACCCCUAUAACGGUCAACUAUACCUGUGUGUUGCUUUACCAAAUGGCAUCUUGCUAAUGCAGUGGUAUGAACCUUUGGGAAAAUUCAUGAAAGUCAAUAUGUACGAGGUUCGUUUGCCUUCGCCUCUCACAUUGUUUGAGACACUGGUCAUGCCAGAUAUGGAUUACCCCUUCAUUGUAGUAGGAAUACAGGAAAAGUCAGAACGGGCAUUAAAUUUUGAUCUCGUAAAUCUUAACUCAACAUCCAACUGGUAUACAGAACACAAAGAUGGCAAAAAGCUAUCAGUAGACCAUUUUGAUCAGCUAGAAAAAGAAACCAUUCUUAUUUGCGCUGACAACAUCAUCAGGUUUGUCAAUUUGGAAGGAAGACCAAAGCAGACGAAACGUGGUGUUUCUGAAAUUCGUUUUGAUGUGAAACCAGAAUCUGUCGUUUGUUUACAGGGUAGCGUACUCGGAUUUCAUGAACAUGGCCUUCAAGGUAGAAGUCUUCUCACGGGCCAGGUGAGCGUUGAGAUGAAUGACCAAAAGAGAACGUUUCGACUGCUUGGUGCAGACAGCAUAGCUGUGGUGGAAAGUAAGCCUACUCACGACCCACAAGGACCAUGUAAUCUUUACAUCUUAGCAAGCGCUCCCAAAACCAAGUGAGGUUCACAAAAAUACCUAUGGUGGCAACAUGUGCUCAUCACGUUGUCGAUCUGCGGAAUCUUUUAUACAGCAGACUUUGUUGUACAUUAUCAGAAACAUAAUUUGUGAAAGCAUAUAUCAGUGCACAGGCUAUAUUUUAAUAACUGCCGGGUUUGUUACCUGGGCCAUUCUUAACCACGUCACACACAGCACGCACUUGCGAUACCGGCCAGUCCGCCAAUAUAUAGAGGUCAUUUUGCACCAUCACAUGACGGCAGCCAUGUUAGAUGGCAGGAACAAUACAAUCGUUUUACAUAAGAAAAGAUUCAAUUUCUUAAAGUAAAAGGGUUCUAUUGUUCUACCAUCCAACUACAUGCCGCCCAAGCUGUAUUAUGGGCGUGGGCACGUGAUGCUGCAAAACCUCUAUAGGAUCAUAAAGAGCAUAGAUUUGUGAAUAAGGUCUAAAUUUUAGAAGCACAUGUAAAAUUUCCUGUUGUCAUUUGCAUCACUGGCGCUGAUCGUCUUUCAUGACGCCAAGGAAUGAGAUGCCAUGGACGCCACAAAAACCUCUCAGUAGCUCAAUAGGCCCUUUGCAGUUAACGGUCAUGUUUUUACUGGUGAGCAAAUUUUUUAUUUUAUUUUGAAUUGUUUAUUCUUUUUAGCUACUUGUGAAGAAUUGAAUGAAACGAUGCGUAAC